AAAAGAACAAACAGUAACAGGAUGACGCGGAGGGAUAUAUGCUUUCGCCUCUAGUGAGUAGUCCAGAGCUGCAGCGCGGUGGACGGGGAGGUUGCCUCUGUCUGCUGGACCGUGUUUGCAAAAAACAAGUCUGAGAUCUGUGCAGACCAUCGUCUGCACUCACUUCCACGGCAGCUCUGUCUCUUCCAACCUCCACCAUGGCCUUUGUGCCAGCACCUAGUCCCACUGUGGUCGAUCAGACCACACUAAUGAAGAAGUACCUGCAGUUUGUAGCAGCUUUGACAGACACCAAUACACCUGAUGAAACGAAACUAAAAAUGAUGCAGGAGGUCAGCGAGAAUUUUGAGAAUGUCACAUCUUCACCACAAUACUCAACCUUCCUGGAGCACAUCAUCCCACGCUUCCUGACAUUCCUUCAGGAUGGAGAGGUUCAAUUUCUGCAGGAGAAACCCACUCAGCAACUUAGGAAACUUAUUCUGGAAAUAAUUCAUCGCAUUCCAACCAAUGAACACCUGCGACCACACACCAAGAAUAUUCUGUCAGUGAUGUUUCGCUUCCUGGAGAUUGAAAGCGAAGAGAAUGUGCUAAUAUGUCUUCGUAUCAUUAUUGAGCUGCACAAACAGUUUCGGCCUCCCAUAUCUCAAGAGAUUCAUCAUUUUCUAGACUUUGUGAAGCAGAUUUACAAAGACCUCCCUAAAGUUGUUGCCAGGUACUUUGAGAACCCUCAGGUGAUAGCGGAGAACACAGUGCCCUCACCAGAAAUGGUGGGAAUGAUCACAUCUGUGUUGGUUAAAACUGCACCGGAGCGGGAAGACAGUGAAACACGAACGCACACGAUUAUCCCCCGGGGUUCCUUGUCUCUCAAGGUGCUGGCAGAACUGCCCAUCAUCGUGGUGUUGAUGUAUCAGCUCUAUAAAUUGAACAUCCACAAUGUGGUAUCUGAGUUUGUACCACUCAUCAUGAACACCAUCAUGCUCCAGGUGUCUCCGCAAGCCAGGCAGCACAAACUUUACAACAAAGAGCUGUACGCAGAUUUCAUCGCUGCACAGAUCAAGACUCUUUCUUUCCUUGCCUACAUCAUCAGGAUCUACCAGGACCUGGUUGGAAAGUACUCUCAGCAGAUGGUGAAGGGCAUGCUGCAGCUGCUGACCAACUGCCCCUCUGAGACCGCUCACCUCCGAAAAGAGCUGCUCAUCGCAGCCAAGCACAUCCUCACAACUGACCUACGUAGCCAAUUCAUUCCCUGUAUGGACAAACUCUUUGAUGAAUCCAUUCUCAUCGGCUCCGGCUACACAGCCAGGGAGACUCUUCGACCGUUGGCCUACAGCACACUGGCAGACCUGGUGCACCAUGUCCGUCAGAACUUGCCUCUGACGGAUCUGUCCCUCGCUGUGCAACUGUUCGCCAAGAACAUCGAUGAUGAGUCGCUUCCCAGUAACAUCCAGACCAUGUCCUGCAAGCUGCUUCUCAACUUGGUGGAUUGUAUUCGCUCCAAAUCUGAACAGGAGAAUGGAAAUGGGCGUGACAUUCUUAUGAGGAUGUUGGAGGUGUUUGUUCUAAAGUUCCACACCAUCGCUCGCUACCAGCUAGUUUCUAUCUUCAAGAAGUGCAAGCCCCAAUCGGAGCUGGGUGUGGUGGAUCCAGGCGUGCUGCCAGGGGUACCAGCAACGCCCACUCCUUCCACCACCCCUGCCCUUCCGCCUCCUGCUCCCCCGACCCCUGUCACUGGAGUGACACAGCCCCCCGCCACGCCCUUCGACAGGUCGGGUGACAAAGAGGACAAGCAGACGUUUCAAGUGUCAGACUGUCGCAGCUUGGUCAAGACUCUGGUGUGUGGUGUGAAAACCAUCACCUGGGGCAUCACCUCUUGCAAAGCCCCUGGAGAGGCUCAGUUUAUUCCGAACAAGCAACUUCAACCCAAGGAAACACAAAUCUACAUCAAGCUGGUUAAGUAUGCCAUGCAGGCCUUGGACAUCUACCAGGUUCAGGUUGCCAAUAACCAACAGACGUACAUCCGAGUGGCUAACUGUCAGACUGUUCGCAUGAAGGAGGAGAAGGAGGUUCUAGAACACUUUGCUGGAGUUUUCACAAUGAUGAACCCACUCACAUUCAAGGAGAUCUUUCAGACCACUGUUCCUUACAUGGUGGAGAGGAUCUCCAAGAACUAUGCUCUGCAGAUCGUUGCCAAUUCUUUCCUGGCCAACCUGUCAACAUCAGCUCUAUUUGCGACCAUCCUGGUGGAAUAUCUUCUCGAAAGACUGCCAGAGAUGGGCUCCAAUGUGGAACUUUCCAACCUCUACCUCAAACUCUUCAAGCUGGUGUUUGGUUCUGUAUCCCUUUUCGCUGCGGAAAAUGAGCAGAUGCUCAAGCCUCACCUGCACAAAAUAGUAAACAGCUCAAUGGAGUUGGCUCAAUCAGCAAAGGAGCCCUACAACUACUUCCUCCUUCUACGAGCUCUGUUCCGCUCCAUUGGUGGGGGAAGCCAUGAUCUUCUUUACCAAGAGUUCCUGCCACUUCUACCUAAUCUUCUGCAAGGACUGAACAUGCUGCAAAGCGGCUUACAUAAGCAGCACAUGAAGGAUCUGUUUGUGGAGUUGUGUUUGACGGUGCCAGUUCGCCUCAGCUCCUUGCUGCCCUACUUACCUAUGUUGAUGGAUCCACUAGUCUCCGCACUCAAUGGUUCACAGACUCUAGUUAGCCAAGGUCUUCGGACUUUGGAGCUCUGUGUGGACAACCUGCAGCCUGACUUCCUCUAUGACCACAUCCAGCCAGUCAGAGCUGAACUCAUGCAGGCCCUGUGGCGUACUCUUCGUAACCCAGCUGAGAGCAUCUCCCACGUGGCGUAUCGAGUCCUGGGCAAAUUUGGUGGCAGCAACAGGAAGAUGUUGAAGGAGUCUCAGAGGCUGCACUAUGUGGUCACUGAAGUCCAGGGUCCGAGCAUCAAGGUGGAGUUCACCGACUGCAAGGCCUCAAUCCAACUCCCAAUGGAAAAAGCAAUAGAGACGGCUCUGGACUGCCUGAAGAGUGCCAACACUGAGCCUUACUACAGGCGACAGGCCUGGGAAGUCAUCAAGUGUUUCUUGGUGGCCAUGACCAGUUUGGAUGACAACAAACAUGCUCUCUACCAGCUCCUGUCUCACCCCAACUUUACUGAGAAGUGGAUCCCCAACGUUAUAAUUUCUCACCGCUACAAAGCCCAGGACACACCUGCUCGACGAACUUUUGAACAGGCCCUGACUGGGGCGUUCAUGUCUGCAGUGAUUAAGGAUCUCAGGCCCAGUGCUCUACCUUUUGUCGCCAGCCUGAUACGCCACUAUACUAUGGUGGCUGUUGCUCAGCAGUGUGGUCCAUUCCUGUUGCCAUGCUACCAACUUGGUAGUCAGCCAGGAACAGCCAUGUUUCACAGCGAGGAGAAUGGAUCCAAGGGCAUGGAUCCGUUGGUUCUGAUUGAUGCCAUAGCUAUCUGCAUGGCUUAUGAAGAGAAGGAGCUAUGUAAAAUUGGAGAAGUCGCCCUUGCUGUUAUUUUUGAUGUGGCCAGCAUCAUCCUCGGCUCAAAAGAGCGGGCUUGUCAGCUUCCAUUAUUCUCCUACAUCGUGGAGCGCCUGUGUGCCUGCUGCUAUGAGCAGGCCUGGUAUGCCAAGCUGGGUGGUGUUGUGUCGAUCAAGUUCCUGAUGGAGAGGCUUCCUCUGAUCUGGGUUCUCCAGAACCAACUCACCUUCCUCAAGGCUCUACUGUUUGUCAUGAUGGACUUGACUGGAGAGGUGUCAAAUGGGGCGGUAGCGAUGGCCAAGACCACACUGGAGCAGUUGCUGGUACGCUGUGCCACCCCGCUGAAGGAUGAAGAAAAAACAGAGGAAUUGCUUGCUGCACAAGACAAGUCAUUCCACAUGGUUACUCACGACUUGGUGAGGGAGGUUACCUCUCCCAACUCUACUGUCAGAAAGCAAGCCAUGCACUCAUUGCAGGUUCUGGCUCAAGUCACUGGCAAGAGUGUCACAGUCAUAAUGGAGCCAAACAAAGAGGUUUUACAGGACAUGGUUCCUCCAAAGAAACACCUGCUACGUCAUCAGCCUGCGAAUGCACAGAUUGGUCUGAUGGAGGGGAACACCUUUUGCACCACACUGCAGCCCCGCCUCUUCACCAUGGAUCUUAAUGUCAUGGAGCAUAAAGUCUUCUACACCGAGCUAUUAAACCUGUGUGAGGCAGAAGAUGCAGCUUUGGUGAAGUUGCCUUGCUACAAGAGCCUUCCCUCAUUGGUUCCACUCCGGAUUGCUGCUCUCAAUGCACUUGCUGCCUGUAAUUACUUGCCCCAGUCAAGAGAGAAGAUCAUUGCCGCACUGUUUAAAGCUCUAAACUCCACCAACAAUGAGUUGCAGGAGGCAGGAGAAGGAUGUAUGAGGAAGUUCCUAGAAGGUGCGACAAUUGAGGUGGACCAAAUUCACACGCAUAUGCGGCCACUACUGAUGAUGUUGGGGGAUUACAGAAGCCUCACCCUCAACGUGGUGAACCGCCUCACCUCUGUCACUCGUCUCUUCCCAAACUCCUUCAAUGACAAAUUUUGUGACCAGAUGAUGCAACACCUGAGGAAGUGGAUGGAGGUGGUGGUUAUUACACAUAAGGGUGGUCAGCGCAGUGAUGGAAGUCCUGCGUUGGAGGGUGUUGAGGAGAUGAAGAUCUGUUCUGCCAUCAUUAACCUUUUCCACUUGAUACCGGCGGCACCUCAAACACUGGUUAAGCCUUUGUUGGAAGUGGUCAUGAAAACGGAAAGAGCCAUGCUCAUAGAGGCUGGAAGUCCAUUUAGAGAGCCUCUAAUCAAGUUUUUGACUCGUCAUCCAUCUCAAACGGUGGAGCUGUUCAUGAUGGAGGCCACACUCAACGAUCCUCAGUGGAGCCGCAUGUUCAUGAGUUUUCUGAAACACAAAGAUGCCAAACCCCUAAGAGAUGUGCUGGCAUCUAAUCCCAACCGCUUUGUGACAUUGCUGGUACCUGCUGGAACCGCCGGCACUGUUCGCCCUGGAUCUCCGUCAACAGCCACUGCUAGACUGGAUCUUCAGUUUCAAGCAAUUAAGAUUAUUAGUAUCAUCGUGAAAAAUGAUGAAGGCUGGCUGGCAGGCCAGCACUCUCUGGUGAGCCAGCUAAGACGGGUCUGGGUCAGCGAGACAUUUCAGGAGAGACAUCGCAAGGAUAACAUGGCUGCGACUAAUUGGAAAGAACCCAAGCUGCUGGCAUAUUGUCUGCUAAGCUAUUGCAAGCGAAACUACUCUGAGAUUGAGCUGCUGUUCCAGCUGCUACGAGCCUUUACAGGUCGCUUCUUGUGCAACAUGACAUUUUUAAAAGAGUACAUGGAGGAAGAAAUUCCCAGGAACUACUCCAUUCCCCAGAAGCGAGCCCUCUUCUUCCGCUUUGUUGAGUUCAAUGAUCCUCACUUCAACGACGAGCUCAAAGCAAAGGUGCUGCAGCACAUCCUGAACCCCGCUUUCCUGUACAGUUUUGAGAAGGGUGAAGGAGAGCAGCUGCUGGGUCCACCGAACCCUGAAGGGGACAACCCUGAAAGCAUCACCAGUGUCUUCAUCACCAAGGUUCUGGACCCUGAGAAGCAAGCCGAUCUGCUGGACUCUUUGAGGAUUUGCUUGCUGCAGUUCUCCACCCUGCUGGUUGAGCACGCUCCACAUCACAUCCAUGACAACAACAAAUCACGCAACAGUAAACUGCGACGCCUCAUGACCUUUGCGUGGCCUUGCCUCUUGCCUAAAGCCUGCGUGGACCCUGCCUGUAAAUACAGUGGCCAUCUCUUGUUGGCACAUAUCAUUGCCAAGUUCGCCAUUCACAAGAAAAUCGUCCUGCAGGUUUUCCACAGUCUCCUGAAGGCCCACACCAUGGAGGCCCGGGCUAUUGUGAGGCAGGCAAUGGCCAUCCUCACACCGGCAGUGCCUGCUCGCAUGGAAGACGGUCAUCAGAUGUUGACACAUUGGACUCGCAAAAUCAUCGUGGAAGAAGGUCACACAGUACCGCAGCUGGUCCACAUACUGCAUCUGAUAGUCCAGCACUUUAGAGUCUACUACCCCGUGCGACAUCACCUGGUUCAGCACAUGAUCAGUGCAAUGCAGCGCCUGGGCUUCACCCCUAGUGUGACGAUUGAACAGCGGAAGCUUGCAGUAGAUCUUGCUGAGGUUGUCAUAAAGUGGGAGCUGCAGAGAAUUAAAGAUCAACAGCCAGAGUCAGAUGCAGAAGUAGGAGCUGGUGGGGAAGGAGCCAGUGGGGCAGUGAAGAGAGUGCUGCCGGCUGAUGCUGCCGCGGCCACUGCUGGUCAAGAUGUCAAGCGAUUCCGUGCAGCUGGAGGAGCGGCAGCGGUGUUUGGUCGAACACAGUCAGUGCCAGGUACAGAGACGAUGCUCACUAAACCUGUGGAGAAGCAACACACCGACACAGUGGUUAACUUCCUUAUCAGAAUCGCCUGCCAGGUUAAUGACAGCACAAGUGUGGCCGGAUCUCCUGGGGAGUUGCUGUCUCGCCGCUGCGUGAAUCUGAUGAGGACUGCCCUUAAACCUGACAUGUGGCCACGUGCUGAGCUCAAACUCCAAUGGUUUGACAAGUUGCUCAUGACAGUGGAGCAGCCUGCUCAGGCCAACAUCUCAAACAUCUGCACGGGGUUGGAGAUCCUCAGCUUUCUGUUGACUGUUCUGCAGUCCACAGCUAUCCUGGCUCACUUCAAGCCCCUUCAAAGAGGCAUUGCUGCCUGCAUGACCUGUGGCAACACUAAGGUCCUGCGUGCUGUGCACUCCCUCCUCUCUCGCCUCAUGAGCAUCUUUCCCACUGAAUCAAGCACAUCAAACGUGGCGUCAAAGUACGAGGAACUGGAGUGUCUGUAUGCAGCCGUGGGCAAGGUCAUCUAUGAGGGACUCACAAGCUAUGAAAAAGCCACCAGCAACACAAACCCUACUCAGCUAUUUGGAACCCUAAUGAUUCUAAAAUCGGCCUGCAGCUACAAUGCCAACUACAUUGACCGCCUUAUUUCAGUGUUUAUGCGGUCCCUCCAGAAGAUGGUUCGGGAACACUUGAGUCCACAGCAGGCUAACCCUGGAGCUGCAGAGAACAGCACAGUGACCAGCGAGCUAGUGAUGCUGAGUCUGGACCUCGUCAAGACCCGGCUGUCUGUCAUGAGCAUGGACAUGAGGAAGAACCUCAUCCAGGUUCUCACCUCUCUGAUCGAGAAGUCGCCCGACCCCAAAAUCCUGCGUGCAGUUGUCAAGAUUGUUGAGGAGUGGGUGAAAAACAGCUCCCGUAUGGCUGCAAAUCAAAUGCCUAAUCUGCGGGAAAAGUCCAUCCUGCUGGUGAAGAUGAUGACCUACAUUGAGAAGCGUUUCCCUGAUGAACUUGAGUUAAACGCCCAGUUCCUGGACCUCGUUAAUUAUGUCUACAGGGAUGAGAGUCUUUCGGGAAGUGACAUCACGUCAAAGUUGGAGCCUGCCUUUCUCUCAGGACUCCGCUGCACGCAGCCGCUGAUCAGAGCCAAGUUCUUUGAAGUGUUUGAUGCUUCCAUGAAGCGACGUGUCUACGAGCGGCUCCUCUACAUCUGUUGUUCACAAAACUGGGAAGCCAUGGGCAGCCACUUCUGGAUCAAACAGUGCACUGAGCUGCUGCUAGCUGUUUGCGAGCGGAAUACUAUAAUUGGCACGAGCUGCCAGGGGUCCAUGCUGCCAUCGAUUACAAACGUCAUCAACCUGGCUGACAGCCAUGACCGUGCUGCCUUUGCCAUGGCCACCCAUGUUAAGCAGGAGCCACGAGAACGAGAAAGCAGUGACACCAAAGAGGAGGAUGUGGAGAUUGACAUUGAAUUGGCUCCUGGCGACCAGACAUCCAUCGCAAAGACAAAGGAUCAGGCUGAAAGAGAUGCAGGCAACCAACUUCACAUGCUCACUAAUCGACAUGACAAGUUCCUUGAUUCGUUACGGGAGGUGAAGACUGGGGCACUGCUGAAUGCUCUGGUCCAGCUGUGCCACAUCUCCACCCCACUGGCUGAGAAGACCUGGGUUCAGCUAUUUCCACGUCUCUGGAAGAUUCUUUCGGACCGACAGCAGCAUGCUCUGUCUGGAGAAAUCAGUCCCUUCCUGUGCAGCGGCAGCCAUCAGGCCCAAAGAGACUGUCAGCCGAGCGCCCUAAACUGCUUUGUGGAGUCCAUGUCUCAGUGUGUUCCCCCCAUUCCCAUUCGACCCUGUGUUCUGAAGUACUUGGGCAAGACUCACAACCUCUGGCUGCGCUCAACUCUCAUGCUGGAGCAGCAGGCUUUUGAAAAAGGUCUCAGCCUGCACAACAAACCCAAGCAGAGUGCAGAGGUUUACGAACAAGAGAGUAUCACACCACCUCAGCAGGAGAUUCUGGAUUCUCUAGCUGAACUGUAUUCUCUGCUCCAAGAGGAGGAUAUGUGGGCUGGCUUGUGGCAGAAACGAUGCAAGUUCCCUGAGACUGCGACUGCCAUUGCCUAUGAGCAACACGGUUUCUUUGAACAGGCACAGGAAAGUUAUGAGAAAGCAAUGGAGAAAGCUCGAAAAGAACAUGAGAGGAGCAACGUUUCUCCGGCUAUUUUCCCAGAAUAUCAACUCUGGGAAGACCACUGGAUACGCUGUUCAAAGGAACUGAACCAGUGGGAACCAUUGACAGAAUAUGGCCAAUCUAAAGGCCAUUCCAAUCCUUACCUGGUGCUGGAAUGUGCUUGGAGGGUUUCAAACUGGGGUGCCAUGAAAGAGGCUCUGGUGCAGGUGGAGCUGAGCUGCCCCAAGGAAAUGGCCUGGAAGGUGAACAUGCACAGGGGCUACCUGGCCAUCUGCCACCCUGAGGAGCAGCAACUCAACUUCAUAGAACGCCUGGUGGAGAUGGCUUCUAGCCUCGCCAUCCGAGAGUGGCGAAGGUUGCCUCACAUCGUGUCUCACGUUCACACACCUCUGCUACAGGCGGCACAGCAAAUCAUAGAGUUACAAGAAGCUGCUCAGAUCAACGCCGGGCUCCAGCAAGCCAACCUUGGACGCAACACCAGCCUUCACGACAUGAAGACGGUGGUGAAAACCUGGAGGAACCGCUUGCCCAUCGUGUCUGACGACUUGUCUCACUGGAGCAGCAUAUUUAUGUGGCGCCAGCACCACUAUCAAGCCAUUGUAACGGCUUAUGAGACAAAUACCCAGCAUGAUCCAAACAACAACAAUGCCAUGCUUGGAGUUCAUGCCUCCGCGUCGGCCAUCAUUCAGUAUGGCAAGAUUGCACGCAAACAGGGUUUGGUGAAUGUUUCUCUUGACAUCUUGAGUCGUAUCCAUACCAUACCAACGGUACCAGUCGUGGACUGCUUCCAGAAGAUCAGACAGCAGGUUAAAUGUUAUCUGCAGCUGGCUGGUGUCAUGGGCAAAAAUGAGUGCAUGCAGGGUCUGGAGGUGAUUGAGUCGACUAACCUCAAGUAUUUCACCAAAGAGAUGACUGCUGAAUUCUACGCUCUCAAGGGAAUGUUCCUGGCACAGAUUAACAAGUCCGAGGAAGCAAACAAAGCUUUCUCAGCAGCGGUCCAGAUGCAUGACGUCCUGGUAAAGGCCUGGGCCAUGUGGGGGGAUUACCUGGAAAACAUCUUUGUCAAGGACCGUCAGCUUCACCUGGGAGUGUCUGCCAUCACCUGCUACCUUCACGCCUGCCGCCACCAAAACGAGAGCAAGUCCCGCAAGUAUCUGGCAAAGGUUUUGUGGCUGCUGAGCUUUGAUGACAAAAACACCCUGGCUGAUGCUGUCGACAAAUACUGUAUUGGUGUCCCGCCGAUCCAGUGGCUGGCCUGGAUACCUCAGCUUCUUACCUGUUUGGUUGGCUCCGAGGGGAAACCACUGCUCAACUUGAUAAGUCAGGUGGGACGAGUGUAUCCGCAGGCUGUCUAUUUCCCAAUCCGUACCCUUUACCUGACGCUGAAGAUCGAGCAGAGGGAGCGCUACAAAAGUGAUGCAUCUGGGCAACAGCAACCCGCUACAGUGGGAGCCCAAUCUCACUCUGGUGCAGCUGAUCCCGGGCCGAUCAGAGCCACAGCCCCGAUGUGGCGCUGUAGCCGUAUCAUGCACAUGCAACGAGAACUGCAUCCCACUCUGCUUUCAUCCCUGGAGGGCAUCGUGGACCAGAUGGUGUGGUUCAGGGAGAACUGGCAUGAAGAGGUUUUGAGGCAGCUGCAGCAAGGUUUAGCUAAAUGCUACUCCGUGGCCUUUGAGAAGAGUGGCACAGUCUCUGAUGCUAAAAUCACUCCACACACCCUCAACUUUGUCAAGAAACUGGUCAGCACCUUCGGCGUGGGGUUGGAAAACGUCUCCAAUGUGUCGACCAUGUUCUCCAGCGCGGCAUCUGAGUCACUGGCCCGUCGUGCCCAGGCCACUGCCCAAGACCCUGUUUUCCAAAAGAUGAAGGGACAGUUCACAACAGACUUCGACUUCAGCGUGCCAGGCUCCAUGAAACUUCACAAUCUGAUCUCUAAGCUCAAAAAGUGGAUCAAAAUCCUUGAGGCAAAGACCAAGCAGCUGCCCAAGUUCUUCCUCAUCGAGGAGAAAUGCCGCUUCCUCAGCAACUUUUCUGCCCAGACAGCAGAAGUGGAGAUCCCAGGGGAGUUCCUCAUGCCCAAACCAACACACUAUUACAUCAAAAUCGCCAGGUUCAUGCCCCGAGUGGAAAUUGUGCAGAAACACAACACCGCAGCACGGCGCCUCUAUAUUCGUGGCCACAAUGGCAAAAUCUAUCCUUACCUGGUGAUGAACGACGCCUGCCUGACAGAGUCUCGCCGGGAGGAGAGAGUCCUGCAGCUCCUGAGACUCCUCAACCCUUGUUUGGAGAAGAGAAAGGAGAGCACCAAGAGACACCUUUUCUUUACCGUGCCACGAGUUGUCGCCGUGUCGCCUCAGAUGCGGUUAGUCGAGGACAACCCGUCGUCCCUGUCACUGGUGGAAAUCUACAAACAACGCUGUGCCAAGAAGGGAAUUGAGCAUGACAAUCCCAUCUCCAGGUAUUAUGACCGCCUGGCCACGGUGCAGGCCAGAGGCACGCAGGCCAGCCACCAGGUUCUGCGAGACAUUCUGAAAGAGGUGCAGAGCAACAUGGUGCCACGCAGCAUGUUGAAGGAGUGGGCUCUCCACACCUUCCCCAACGCCACCGACUACUGGACCUUCAGGAAGAUGUUCACCAUCCAGCUGGCCCUCAUCGGCCUGGCUGAGUUCAUGCUCCACCUCAACCGUCUCAACCCAGAGAUGCUUCAGAUCGCACAGGACACUGGAAAGCUGAACGUCUCCUAUUUCCGCUUUGACAUCAAUGAUGCCACCGGCGACCUGGACGCAAACCGCCCUGUUCCCUUCCGCUUGACGCCCAACAUCUCGGAGUUCCUCACCACCAUCGGUGUCUCCGGUCCACUCACCGCCUCCAUGAUCGCUGUGGCACGAUGCUUUGCACAGCCAAACUUCAAGGUUGAUGGCAUCCUGAAAGCCGUCCUUCGGGACGAAAUCAUUGCAUGGCACAAGAAGACCCAGGAGGACACUUCCAUGCCCCUGUCUCCGGCUGGGCAGCCUGAAAACAUGGACUCUCAGCAGCUGGUCUCUCUGGUCCAGAAGGCAGUCACCGCCAUAAUGACCCGCCUGCAUAACCUGGCCCAGUUCGAGGGAGGAGAGAGCAAAGUCAACACUCUGGUGGCUGCAGCGAACAGCCUGGACAACUUGUGCCGCAUGGACCCAGCGUGGCACCCGUGGCUGUAGGAGGACUGCUGACCCUCGCACACACCAGUCACCGCUGCUGUGGAAGUUGGGUGAACGUGUUGGGUUUAUUGUGUUGAUAAAAAGGGACUCGCAAGUUCAUUUUCACAGCUUGCCGGUUUGCUGAAUCGGCACAAUUGUUCAGUCCGUCAGCUUGUAUUUAUUUUUGUAAUGAAAUGGACAAGGGAAAUGUGAAACCAGUCGCUGUUACAAAAUGUGACAAAUCGUGUUAGUUUUUAUACGUUAUACGAAGGUGUGGGGAGGAAACAGGACCAAAUCAGACUUGUGUUGAGUUGGAAUCUUGUUUUAAAGCUCCACUUGUUUUUAAACGCUUUUGUAAAUCACUGUACUGAUUCAGGCUUCA